AUGGUGUGGAAGAGGUGUCUCGCUGGCUGGACCACGCUGUGUGCCUAUGUUGUUUUCCUCUGUAGUAUCGCAACCCCAGCUCUUGGCGGUCCCGCUCGCUCGCCCCUCCUCCCUGGCCAACCCUUCCUAGUGUUCUGGGGAGUACCGGACCGGGGCUGUCCGGGCCGUCCCGACCCGGCAGCCUUCGGCAUGGAGUGGCAGGGCCGCGUGGCCGUGUUUUACGAGGACACCCUGGGACUGUACCCUUACUACACCGCCCUCGAUCAGCCCAUUAACGGAGGCCUCCCACAGCACACCAGUCUGAACACCCACCUCCAGAGGGUGGAGGCUGACCUGUUGACUGCCUUGCCCCAGGCUGGGGCUCCCGGUUUGGGGGUGCUGAGGUGGAAGGAGUGGAUGCCACAGUGGGUCAGGAACAGGGGCAAGGCGGGGAAGUACCAGGAGGGUUCACGGGCGUUGCUGAAAGGAUUUUUUCCCGACUGGACUGCAGAAGAGGUGGAGAAGUGGGCACAGGUGGACUUUGAGGCAGCUGCCCAGGCCAUCGUCAUGGAAACCCUGCGGGAACUGAGGAGGCUCCGGCCCCAGAGUCUAUGGGGCGUCGCACCCUUUCCAGACUGCUACAACUCCGGGCCCCUGCAGCUGCUGUCCAAUUACACAGGCCGCUGCCCUGCUGCAGAGAUGGCCCUCAACGACGAACUUAUGUGGCUGUGGAAACGAAGCUCAGCCAUCUAUCCCACCCUUGCCGUCGACAAGUUCCCUGCCGGGUCCAAAGGACCUUGGCUUUAUUCCUCCAAUCAGAUACGCGAAGGCCUUCGAGUGGCAGCUCUUGCACGCUCCGCCUAUGACCUUCCCGUCUUCCCAUUGGUCAAAACCACUUAUGCGUCCUCCAAUGCCUAUCUGUCAGAGGCUGAUCUGGUGACCACGGUGGGAGAGAGCGCGGCCAUGGGAGCUGCUGGAGUCAUCAUGUGGGAGAGAACCUUCAUAGCCAAGACUCAGAAGUCUUGCUCGGACAUGGCGCUGUUCAUUCGUGAGGUGCUGGGCCCGUAUGUGGUAAACGUCACCACGGCGGCCCGUCUGUGUGGCGUGUCCUUGUGCCAGGGGCGCGGGCGCUGCGUGCGCAGGAACCAGGAGGAUCCCGUCUACCUCCACCUGCCCUCCACCAACUUCCGCCUCCUGCCCGAGGGCGCGGACGGCAUCCGGGCGGCCGGUGAGCUGGACCCCGCCUUCCUGGACUCCUGGAGGCGGGACUUCCGCUGCCACUUUUACGAGGCCCUGGAGGGCGCCGCCGCGGACCAGGAGUCAGCCGGCAUGGACACUCGCCAGGCCAACAACAACAACAAGCCCCCCAUGCUUAGAGCACCCGCUCUGACGGGGCAGGGGCAGGGGCAGGGGCUGGGGCUGGGGCAAGAUCAGGCAGAGGGGACAGGGGUAACUGUCGGACAAGUACUCAAGGAUGGUGGCAUUUCUGCACACCAGACUGCCCUUCGUCUUGUGUUCAGUCUGCUGAUGAUGGUGGCUGGACUCUUGCUGGCCUGCUAG